AUGGAACCUAUACUCUUUUUGUUAACCUUCUUGGUGCAUCUUUGCACCAUCACCACCACCACUUCCAAUGGCAAAACUUUGCCGAAAUUCCCUGCCAUUCUUAUUUUUGGAGAUUCAACUGUCGAUACUGGCAAUAACGAUUACAUAAUUACUGCCUUCAAAGCAAACUAUCGCCCGUAUGGCCAUGACUUUCCUGGUGCGAUUGCCACGGGGAGGUUUUCUAAUGGAAAACUUGUUCCCGACUUCGUGGCAUCUUUCCUAAAGAUCAAGGAUACUGUUCCUCCUUUCCUACUGCCAAAUCUAUCCGACAAUGAACUACGCACGGGUGUCAGCUUUGCAUCGGCUGGAUCGGGGUACGAUGAUCUUACCACUGCUGUCUCUCGUGUAAUCCCGGUGUCAAAGCAACCUGGAUAUCUUGAUGUUUACAUAGAGAGGCUUAAAAGGAUUGUAGGGGAAGAAAAGGCUCAAAAAAUAAUCAGUGGUGCUUUAGUUAUUGUUAGUGCAGGAACUAAUGACUUCAUUUUCAAUUUCUAUGACCUUCCCACUAGGAGGCUUCACUUCACCAUUUCUCAGUACCAAGAUUUUCUACAUAACAAUCUGCAAAACUUUGUCAAGGAGCUGUACAAUCGUGGGUGCCGCUUAAUGGUUAUAACUGGGAUCCCUCCAAUAGGUUGUCUGCCACUGCAACGGAACGCAAAGUCUCCGAUUCUCAGAACAUGCAUAGAGGAUGAGAAUUCAGAUGCUAAAUCUUACAAUGAUAAGCUUGAAAAACUAUUGCCUCAACUACAGGCAUCACUCCCAGGGAGCAAAAUCCUCUAUGCAGAUAUAUUCAAUCCUCUACUGAACAUGACCAAUGAUCCACAAAAAUAUGGCUUUGUAGAAACUAGUAAAGGGUGCUGUGGGACUGAAUUGCUGGGAGCAGUACCCCUUUGUGAUAUAAACUGUCAAAUAUGUCCAAACAGAUCACAGUAUAUGUUCUGGGAUGGCAUUCAUCCUAGUCAAUCAGCCUACAAAUACCUUUCUGAAUACCUAACCAAGACACUCCUAGCCAAGUUUUCACAGAUUAAUGGCAGUUGA